AAGGGUGGAAACAUAACGAGAAGUUUAAUUAAAAACACCUGUCUAGUUAAGUACGUGCAGAGAAGCAGAUACCCCGAAUAUUUACCUCACCUGCGAUGGACAAGCUGUUGCUUUAUUCCCCUGAAACGUCCCGAGUACGCUAGCAGUAUUUGGUUUGGGGGGGUGGGAGGGGGACGACACGACACGACACACACUCUCUGUGGGGAAUGUGUACGCGGAAAAAGCAUACAAGUAACCCACAAGUAACCCCCUCCGCUAAGAAAAAUGUUCUAGUUCUCCGGAGAGAUGUGAACAGCCGGCUCCUAGAAGCCUCUGUCCACAGCGUGAACAAAGACACGGAUGUUAAUUAGCAACAUCCGUGAUCUUUGAGGCUUAAUUUCAGAACCGGAGUAAUGCUACAGCCUUUGGCCAGCUCAGAUGUUCUCUCUUUAGCUUAAUGAGAAAGGUUUUGUAAUGGGACCUUGGAAACGCAGAGAAGUGUAGAAACAGCAAAACAGAUUUAGGAGUUGUGAGCCUCUCUAAGCUAUACGAAUGCGAUCGGGCUUUAGGUUUCAGCAGGACGGAAAAACCUUUCCCGUUCACACGUAGCCUUUCUGUCGCGUUUUUCUUUGCUAAUACGGAGAGAGAUGUAACUCGAAUCUUUGUUUAGACUGGAGGGAGAGAGAAGCCGCAGCAAACGCUGAAGAGAAACGGGAGGGGCGGGGGUGUCCUCUGGUGUUUUUUCUUUUUCUUUUUUUCUUUUUUUUUUUUUGGCUGGCUGAACAAAACCUGGCGCGGGCUCUCUGGUGCAGAUAACGAUCUCGCUCUGUUCAGAAGGCGGGUUUUGCGCAGGAGGCGCUGAGAGCAGAGACCCGGAGCAGGGUCCCCGGAGCAGCCUCAUCGCGCCCCCGCCGCGGAGCUGGUAUGCGGUAGGGUAGUGCCAUGUAUUGGAAGAGCGACCCGAUGUUCGUGUGCAGGCUGGAUGACAAGGAUCUUCCUGCGCUCGGCGGCCCCUCGGAGAAGGCGAGCCCCGCGGCGGCCGACGAGGACUCCUGCUCUUCCUCCGCCGCGCUGUCGCCCUCCUCCUCGCCACGGUCCAUGGCCUCGGGCUCCGGCUGCGCCCCCAACAAGUGCGUGUGCAGCAGCUGCGGCCUGGAGAUCGUGGACAAAUACCUGCUGAAGGUAAACGACCUCUGCUGGCAUGUGCGCUGUCUCUCAUGCAGUGUCUGCAGAACGUCUCUAGGAAGGCAUACCAGCUGUUACAUCAAAGAUAAAGAUAUCUUCUGCAAACUUGAUUAUUUCAGGCGGUAUGGCACCCGCUGUUCCCGCUGUGGGAGGCACAUUCAUUCUACUGACUGGGUCCGGAGGGCUAAAGGAAAUGUAUAUCACUUGGCGUGUUUUGCCUGCUUCUCCUGCAAAAGACAACUUUCUACUGGAGAGGAAUUUGCUUUGGUCGAAGAGAAAGUCCUUUGUAGAGUACAUUAUGACUGCAUGUUGGACAAUCUGAAAAGAGAAGUUGAAAAUGGUAAUGGGAUUAAUGUGGAAGGAGCAUUGCUAACAGAACAGGAUGUUAAUCAUCCAAAGCCAGCAAAAAGAGCUCGGACCAGCUUCACAGCAGAUCAACUCCAGGUUAUGCAAGCACAGUUUGCUCAGGACAACAAUCCAGAUGCACAAACACUUCAGAAACUGGCAGAAAGAACAGGCCUGAGCAGGCGUGUUAUACAGGUGUGGUUUCAAAAUUGUAGAGCACGCCAUAAGAAACAUGUUAGUCCAAAUCAUUCAUCUACUGCUCCUGUCACAGCAGUUCAGCCCUCCAGGCUGUCUCCACCCAUGUUAGAAGAAAUGGCGUACUCAGCAUAUGUACCCCAAGAUGGGACUAUGUUAACUGCUCUACAUAGUUAUAUGGAUGCUCAUUCACCUACAGCUCUUGGACUCCAGCCUUUGCUACCCCAUUCAAUGACACAACUGCCAAUAAGUCAUACCUAAUUCCUUUCUGUCAGGGAUAUAAGCUAUUAAGGAUGUAAUCUUAAGUCAUUUAUUGUAUAUGAAAAAUAUCAUUGGAAAGAUAUUAAUGUUAACUUUUUAUUUAACAUAUAAAGCAUUUUCAAGACCACUUUUGCUGCCCAGGUAUGUAAGUAUGUAUUUAGCCUGCAAGACACUUUUAUGGAUUCUGCAUAAAUAAAUAUUACAUUGUUUACAAGCCUUAUUAAACACCUUUUUGUAUUGUCUGGAAGUAGUCCACUCUAGUUAUGUAUUUGUUAAUUUAUUUGUCAUCAAAAGAGCACUUUGCCUAAAAGAAAGGACUGACAAUUGUGCAAAAUGUUUACAAUUAUUUGUGAAAUUGUAGUUUAUCAUUUUAGUUUGUAUCUGUAAGUUAUUGCUAAAAGUAUUACCUGUAUUUGAGUUGUAUACAGCCUAUAUGUUAAAGCUUAUUUCUGUGAGUUUACAAAAAAUUUUGUUGCAAAUAUUUUCAACGUGAACUAAAUAAAGUUUCUGCUGUAGCAUGCUAAGCAAAAA